AUGAAACAAACUAAGUUACUUGUUAUGGGACAUACUGGUCAUGGUAAAAGUUCACUUGGUAAUUUUAUUCUUAAAAAGAAUGUGUUUAGUGUUAGUGUUAAUCCUAAUUCUGAAACCAAUGAAACAAAAGGAUAUUCCGGAACAGGUGAUAGAAGUGAUAUACUUGUUAUUGAUACACCUAGUUUUAACGAUUCUAAAGGUCCAGAAAGUCAAAGAGAAUAUAUGAAUCAAAUGGUAGAUUAUAUUAAAAAAGAAGGAGAAGGACUCCAAGCCAUUGUUCUAAUGCCUUUCCAAUUGCUGGCUUUUGGAAAAUCUGUGUUAGAUGAACAUAUUAAGACUAAAAGAUCAGAUUAUAAUAAAGAACUGAUGGAUUUUAUUAACCAAACAACAGGAAGUGAACGCAUCAUUUUCCCAAUGUUUUUUGUAGACUCAAAACCACUUGCAGGAUAUGAUAACUCUAGAUCAGAGAAUGAAAUUGAAUCUCUUUUAAAAUGGGCAAGAAAGUUAUCAUUUAUUGAUGUUGAUAAAGUUGUAAAGAGGGACAUUUUCUAUGAAUCUGUUAUUCUAGAAGAGAAAGAUGAAGAAAUAAUCAUAAAUAAAACAAAAAGUAGUAUAACAAUUCAAAUCAACCACUUGACUAGGGAGAGAAGAAUUCCUUAUUAUGGGCGUGAACCUGUUUACUCAGAUUGGGAAGUUGUUAGUUCUAAGACUAAAACCAAAGAUUUUCCAAAAGAAUAUGUCACACAAUAUAUUUACAGAGAUCCACCAAAAGAGAAAAAAGAUGAAGAAGGUAUCGACCUUGACGAAACAAUGCCAACUUUGAUUGCUGCAGGUGCUAUUGUGGGUACUGUCAUUGCAGCUUUUGUUGAUAGUCGAAGAAAAAAAUAG